CCAGCCCGGCCGCGGCGUGACUUUGAGCGCCUGACAUGAAGCUGCUGCGAGCCGCCGCGGCCCUGGGCCGCUGGCCGGGGAAGCAGGUGAGCUGGCUGAGCCGCCGCUGGUGCUCAGCCGGGGUGAUUCCUAAUGAAAAAAUCCGAAAUAUCGGCAUCUCAGCUCACAUCGACUCUGGGAAGACCACCUUGACGGAACGAGUGCUUUACUACACUGGGAGGAUAGCCAAGAUGCAUGAGGUGAAAGGCAAAGACGGGGUUGGCGCUGUCAUGGAUUCCAUGGAGCUGGAGCGACAGAGAGGCAUCACCAUCCAGUCGGCGGCCACCUACACCCUGUGGAAGGGCGUCAACAUCAACAUCAUCGACACGCCAGGGCACGUGGACUUCACAAUCGAGGUUGAAAGGGCCCUCCGAGUGCUGGAUGGUGCAGUCCUGGUUCUCUGUGCGGUGGGAGGGGUGCAGUGCCAGACCAUGACCGUGAACCGCCAGAUGAAGCGCUACGGUGUCCCCUUCCUGACGUUCAUUAACAAGCUGGACCGGGCGGGUUCCAACCCGGCCAGGGCCCUGCAGCAGAUGCGGUCCAAACUGAACCAUAAUGCAGCAUUUGUACAGAUACCCAUUGGCUUGGAGGGGAACUUUAAAGGUGUUGUAGAUCUAAUAGACGAACGAGCCAUUUAUUUUGAUGGCGACUUUGGGCAGGUCGUGCGCUAUGACGAGGUCCCCGCGGAGCUGAGGGCGGAGGCGGCCGAGCGCCGGCAGGAGCUGAUUGAGUGUGUCGCCAAUUCAGAUGAACAGCUUGGGGAACUGUUUCUAGAAGAAAAAAUCCCCUCGACUUCUGAUAUAAAGCUUGCGAUCCGAAGAGCCACUCUGAGCAGGUCGUUUACUCCUGUGUUUUUGGGAAGUGCCUUGAAGAACAAAGGAGUCCAGCCCCUUCUGGAUGCGGUGUUAGAGUAUCUCCCAAAUCCGUCCGAGGUUCAGAACUACGCCAUACUCAAUGAAGAAGAUGACUCGAAAGAGAAAACCAAGAUCUUGAUGAACUCCGAAAGAAACAGUUCUCACCCCUUUGUAGGCCUGGCUUUCAAGCUGGAGGCAGGUCGGUUCGGGCAGUUAACGUACGUCCGCAAUUACCAGGGGGAGCUGAGAAAGGGGGACACCAUCUACAACACGCGGACCAGGAAGAAAGUGCGGGUGCAGCGGCUGGUGCGCAUGCACGCCGACCUGAUGGAGGAUGUUGAGGAAGCCCAUGCCGGGGAUAUCUGCGCCUUGUUUGGCAUUGACUGCGCUAGUGGAGACACGUUCACAAACAAAGACAGCAGUGGCCUUUCCAUGGAGUCGAUUCAUGUUCCUGAUCCUGUCAUCUCAAUAGCCAUGAGACCAUCUCACAAGAAUGAUUUAGAAAAAUUUUCAAAGGGCAUUGCCAGGUUCACGAGAGAAGAUCCCACGUUUAAAGUUCACUUUGACACAGAGAGCAAAGAAACAAUUGUUUCUGGAAUGGGAGAGUUGCACUUGGAAAUCUAUGCUCAGAGGAUGGAAAGAGAAUAUGGCUGUCCUUGUACAAUGGGAAAGCCGAAAGUCGCCUUUCGAGAGACCAUUACUGCUCCUGUCCCGUUUGAGUUUACACAUAAAAAGCAGUCAGGUGGUGCAGGCCAGUAUGGGAAGGUGAUAGGCGUGCUGGAGCCCCUGGACCCGGAGGACUACACCAAGCUCGAGUUCGCAGAUGAGACAUUUGGGGCAAAUGUCCCAAAGCAGUUUGUACCUGCUGUGGAAAAGGGAUUUUUAGAUGCCUGUGAGAAGGGCCCUCUUUCUGGUCAUAAGCUCUCUGGGCUCCGGUUCGUUCUGCAAGAUGGAGCACACCACAUGGUUGAUUCCAAUGAAAUCUCUUUCAUCCGCGCAGGAGAAGGUGCCGUCAAACAAGCCUUGGCAAAUGCAACAUUAUGUGUUCUUGAACCUAUUAUGUCUGUGGAAGUUGUAGCUCCAAAUGAGUUUCAGGGAGCAGUGAUUGCAGGAAUUAACCGGCGCCACGGAGUGAUCACGGGCCAGGACGGCGUCGAGGACUUCUUUACACUCUAUGCGGACGUUCCUCUAAAUGAUAUGUUUGGUUAUUCCACUGAGCUCAGGUCGUGCACGGAGGGAAAGGGCGAGUACACGAUGGAGUACAGCAGGUACCAGCCCUGCUCACCGUCCACACAAGAAGACAUCGUCAAUAAGUACUUGGAAGCUACAGGUCAACUUCCUGUAAAAAAAGGAAAAGCUAAGAACUGACUCUCCUCACCUCACUGAACGUACAGUGGUUAGACACUUUGAAGGAUUCCACUGGGAUGGAUUCAGGCUGCUGAAACAAUUUAGAAGCUCUUUUAAUUUUAUAUUCAGGUGCUUCUGUUAUAUUCAAAGUUAAUUAUAUAUAUAUAUAUAUUCCUAUUAAUUGGUUUUAAUCCUCAAAUGGUUACUCAAGUAUUUUAGUAUUAAGGUAUAUAAAGAAACUAAUGUCAUAUUUAAGCUUAGAAUGAUUGUUUAGGGUAAGAAUUUCCAGCAAACAGCAAAGCUGGAAGGUAAUGCUCACAGCAGUCACCCAUCUUCCAUCUAGUUCCGACAGUGACCACAUUGGCAGCAGUUUGGCUUGUGCGUGUGUGGUCUGUGUCUCAUAUCUCUAGUUUUGAUUUUUAAAUAGUUUGCUCAAGACUUGAAGCUGAACUGCAUAAAUUACAUUUGGGAUUUUUUUAAUGGGCAGGUUUUUCUGUUUUAAGGUCCAUACACUCUUUUUUUUUAAAGAUUUAUUUUUAUUAAAGGUCCAUACACUCUUAAAACAGAAAUCAUCAUCAUCAGAUUCUUGAUUGUGAUACUAAAAUAUUAAGUUUUAGUUGGUUAUGUGUGACUCAUUGCCUCAAUUUGUGAUUUCCACAAAUUUGAAUUGCCUCUGUUUUAGGAGUGUAAAUAUGACUACUUCUGUGGUCCUACAGAAGGGAGCAAAUAGGUUCUUGCAUGUUUGAUUCUUAAUUUUUGUUCUUAAUGUUUACAGUGCUUGAUAAUAAAGUAUAAUUCAUGAGA